GCCGCAUCCUUUCUUCUUGGUUGUGUGGUGGUCCAAAAAUGUCGCUACUUGACGGUCCGUUAAAUGUGCUCGGCCAGAGGACGACUGGCGAAUCUGUUCGCACUCAGAAUGGUGAGUUUUAAUAGUGACAGACUUAAUUUUUCAUUUAAGCCUCGUAUAUUUUUCCUGCGCCUCGUCACACCGACGGGAGAACUGAUUACAUUUACUGCCUGCAGCACACGUGUGGCUAAUGCUAGAGCUAGCCUACUUCAUAUGAGCCUCAUGUGAUCUAUCCUAUAAAGUAAAGUGAAGUCUGCUCUAUUUUACAAGCUGGCUAUAUUAUGUGAACAAUAUUUAAUUGUAAAUGCUACAUCCCGUAUUAGUACCUUCCACUCUUUUACAAUUGAAUGGGAGGCUAUGCUAACGGGAUAGAAAGACACUGUCAUGUCUGAGGGUGUGGCUAACUCACUGUGUACCUCACUAAAUAAAAUGACAGGACAUGUCAAUGAUGGAGAGGUGUCUAAUAAUGUCAUACUGUACAAACAGGUUAGUUGAGCUUUCUUCUUUUUGCAGUCAUGGCUGCAGCAUCCAUCGCGAACAUCGUCAAGAGCUCCCUCGGACCUGUGGGUCUCGACAAGAUGCUGGUGGAUGACAUCGGGGUGUGUGUCACAUUCAUAUGUUUCCUUAUCAGCCUAAAUAUCCCCAGUACUUAAAGAUUAGGCCUGAUUUUCUUAUCUGUCUUAUGGAUUUGUUGGUAGGAUGUGACCAUCACCAACGAUGGAGCGACCAUCCUGAAGCUGCUGGAAGUGGAGCACCCGGCUGCUAAGGUCCUGUGUGAACUGGCUGAUCUGCAGGACAAGGAGGUCGGGGAUGGGACCACGUCUGUGGUGAGUGGGGUCAACAGCUGCUCCUGAGAGGUUUUAAGACAUCAGUGUAGUGUCAGCUCCCUAUAAUCUCACUAGAUUCACGUGUAUUGUCAUUGUGCGACACAGCAGAACAGUGACAAAGAGCAAAAUAUAUGAUAAAAAUUAACAUAAUUUUAUUUAGGGUAAAAGAAGAUUCGUCAAAAAUCAAAGGGAUAUUCCGGUGAAAAAUUAAUUUAUGGUCAAAGCCACUGUAACACUGAGUGAGACACCCCCUUUGGAGAUGAACAUUGUCGACUGCUCGCUUCUCUAGUUAUACCAACUUCAGCAACAAUCGCACAAUAGCAAUACACAGCAGUCUACGUCUCCACGUGCAAACCUCAACCAAAACGCCACUCAAUAGCCACAAAUAAUGCUCAGAACAGCACCUAACUUAAUCAACAGUACAUAUACGUUGCCAGCCAGAGUACUAGCCAUCAAACAUCUUUUUAGCUUUGCUUGAUUUCUUUAGCAAAGAGACUAAACACAACUCACCCACUCUCCUUCAGCAGCUGCUUGUUUGUUGUGAGACCUCGGGCCAGUCCAUUACGAACUACAGCGGGGUGACGCAGCUCAAGGAAGAACAUUUAUGAUCAUUUUUUCGUGGAAAUGCAAUCAGAUCGUGAUGCUGAGGCAGAAAAACUACCAUGUGUGCAGUGCAAAAUGAUUAAAAUGGCGAUCGUUACUUCAAGGAAAUGAUAAAGAAAUGAUCAUAAAUGUUCUCCCAUGAGCUGCGUCACCCCGCAGCAGUUCGUAAUUGUCUGGCCUGAGGUCUUGCUACAAACUAGCAGCUGCUAGAAGAGAGUAGGUGAGUUGUGUUUAGUCUCUUUGCUAAAGAAAUCAGGCAAAGUAAAAAAGAUGUGUAGUGGCUAGUACUAUGGCUAGGACUCUAUAUGUGCUGUUGAUGACGUUAGGUGCUGUUCUGAGCAUUAUUUGUGGCUAUAGAGUGGCUUUUUGAUUGAGGUUUGUUUAUGGCUCCUUAGACUGCUGUGUAUUGCUAUCGUGUGGUCGUUACUAAAGUUGGAAUAACUAGAGAAGCAAGCAGUUGGAAAAAUUCAUCUCUCAAGGGGGUGUCUAACUUGGUGUUACAGUGAGUUUGACUCUAAAUUAAUUUUACGCCGGAAUUUUUUUUUAAUGGCUGUAAGUUAUAAAAAGUAGAAGUACAGGAACACUUUUAAUAUAAUAAUUUAAAUCAGUAACUUUGACUAAAUUGCUAAAAGUGAUGUCCUGUUUUAGCACCAUGUGUCUGCCAUGAAUUACAGACAUGUGGCUAUGUUAACAGGAGAGAGAAACUGUCCAUUAAUAUCUGAAGGGGUUGUGCAGCCAUAUUCCUGACACCUCUAAUGAAAUAAUGGCACAUAAGAAAAAUCAUCACCUGUUUAGAUUUGGAAUAGAAGUUUUUUUUUCCUCUAAUGUAUAAUAUGAAAUGCUUUCAGGUAAUUCUUGCUGCAGAGUUGCUUAAAAGUGCAGAUGAGUUGGUGAAGCAGAAGAUCCACCCCACAUCAGUCAUCAGCGGAUACCGUCUGGCUUGCAAGUAAGAUGCUAACAGAGAAUUAAACAGUUUCUUCUUUAUAAGCAGAACGUGAUUAUUGCUAUGUGUUGAGAUUUUUAACAUGGGACUUUUGAAAUCCUUCAGGGAAGCAGUUCGCUACAUUAACGAGAAUCUCACCAUCGGGACAGAUGAUCUGGGAAGAGAGUGCUUGAUAAAUGCAGCUAAAACCUCCAUGUCUUCAAAAAUCAUUGGGGUGUAUCCUUUUUGUCUUGUAGUACAUAGUUUUGCACUGCAGCCAAUCUCUGUUUGAUUAUAUCUUGUGCAUGUGAUAAACCCUUAACCCUUAGCCGUCAGUGAUGCAGAAUUCUUUGCUAACAUGGUGGUGGACGCUGCCAUGGCUGUGAAGUUUGUGGACAGCAAGGGCAUUGCCAGAUAUCCCAUCAACUCGGUCAAUGUGCUGAAAGCCCAUGGCCGCAGCCAGAAAGAAAGCUUCCUCGUCAAUGGAUACGCGGUGAACUGCACAGUUGGCUCACAAGGUAUUUUGGUUUUUAAAACAAGAAAGCAACAUUGUGAAUGCAAAAUACCACUUUUUGAUCAUGUGAUUGUUAAAACACUAGCACAAUAGUUGAUAAACUCCCAUUAAAUUUGCUGCUAUGCCUCAUCUGGUGGCAUAAGCAGUGAUACGCGUGGGAAAAAGUAAACUGGCUUCAAGGACCAUAGGCACAGUAGUUCUUAAACUGUGGCACCACUCUUCCAGCCAGACAGUAUAACAGCCCUGAGUGAAAUGAUGUGUUGCAUCUCUUAAUACUAUUCCUCAAACUCGGGCUGGGCGAUAAAGCAAUGAUGAUGUAUGUCAAAAAUUAAUUUCCCUCGAUAUCGAUGUAAAAAAUUGUCAAUAUGCUUUUCAGUAGUCGGGAUUCUGCCAUGUUUUUGUAAACUAUAUGAAAAGCUAAUGAAAAGGGGAGUUGCUCCGGGUCCACUUCGCGCUGAACCAAUCGUGCUGAAUUAGAACCAAGUAACAAACAACUGUGUAGUGGUAGGCUGCAGCUACAUGCAACCAUAGCACUUUAACACGUGAAGCCGACAGCACUGUCUGUGACAAAAAAAGAAAAUGAGUGCUACCCCCGGCAGAAAUGCAGAUGAAGGCUCAACAGACGAUGACAUCGUUGACAACACUAGCAUGAAAACGUCAGUGGUGUGGAGGUGUUUUGUUUUUUUAAGAUCGUACAUGAAGCAGAGUAAUGUGCACUGCAAAUUAUGUCGAGUACAUGUUCUUGCAAAGUCUGGGAAUACCUCAAAUCUUUUUCACCACCUGAAGCAGUGCCACGCGGCAGAGCAUGCACAAUGCAAAAGGUUACUAACCCCAAGCAGAGCAAGGAGCUCAUAGCACCUGUGCAGCCAAAACGGCUGACCGUUCCGCUUUCUCUUGCUCAACGCCUAAUGACAAAAUGUCAGACACCAAGACCUCACAGAUGCAGUAGCUCAUUGUAUUGCAAAAGACAUGCUAACAAUAAGCGCUGUUACAUUUAAAUUUUUAUACCGUGAUAUAUAUCGAUAUCAACAAUCUAUAUAAAUAAGAUAUAUAUAGAUAUAAAAAAUAUAUAAUGAUAAACUUUUUUCCCAUAUUGCCCAGCCCUGCCUCAAACUAUUUAGUAAUGAGGUGCUAACAGCUCGUUCUUGGUUCAACAUUUGUUUUCAUCCCCCUUUUGAAGGCAUGGUGAAGCGAGUCAUUAACGCCAAGAUUGCAUGCCUGGACUUCAGCCUGCAGAAGACCAAGAUGAAGAUGGGGGUCCAAGUCAUCAUCAACGACCCAGAGAAGCUCGACCAGAUCAGGCAAAGGUAGAUGCUGCCUUCUUGCUCUCGCACAAACAUAACCUUGACAGUUAUCCCAUUUAAAUUUGCUGUGAUGCUGCAUCAGUAGUUUCCACAGUGAUACGCGUGGGAGAAAUCAUAAACAGCCCCAGUCAGGCAGCAGCUUCCCCCUGAGCUGCUGUACUAAAACUGCGGGUUGGACAGUCUUGUGUAUUAUCUGCAUGUGUAUUGUAUUGUGUGUUAUCUGUAACACUAAAUGAAAAGUGGAUUUUGUUGAUUCAGAGAGUCUGAUAUCACCAAGGAGAGGAUCCAAAAGAUUCUGGCAGCAGGCGCCAACGUUAUUCUGACCACUGGUGGCAUUGAUGACAUGUGCCUGAAGUACUUUGUGGAUGUAGGAGCAAUGGCAGUGAGGAGGGUUCUCAAGAGGGACCUCAAACGCAUCGCAAAGGCAACAGGAGGUAGAAUAGAAAUGAAAGCAGAUUUGUCUUUUAUUUCUCACGCUUCUCUAAUCAGAGGUUAAAAAAAAAAAACUUGCAAGUAUGAUUGACAUUCUGUGUGUUUGUCUUCUCAGCCAUCGUCUGCCCCACUCUGACCAAUCUGGAGGGAGAGGAGACAUUUGAGGCGACUAUGCUCGGGAUGGCCGAGGAGGUCGUGCAGGAACGCAUCUGCGAUGAUGAGCUCAUCCUUGUCAAGAAGUAAGAACUGCAGCAUUGGAGCACAAUGCUGUAUUUUGCUGUCAGCUCAGUCCAGCUGUGGAGCAAAAUCAUCAUGUUAUUAAUUUACCUUUUGGUUCUGCAGAAAGUUGUGAUAAACUAGGACAAGGACAGUAAUCAUAAUUUGUUCUAACUUUCAAUCUCAAGUGCGAAUUUUUGUUGGUCUCCACAGCACCAAAGCACGCACAUCAGCAUCCAUCAUCCUGCGCGGGGCCAACGACUUCAUGUGUGACGAGAUGGAGCGUUCGCUGCACGAUGCCCUCUGUGUGGUAAAGAGAGUGCUGGAAUCAAAGUCUGUAGUGCCAGGAGGAGGCGCUGUGGAGGCCGCUCUGUCAAUCUACCUUGAGAAUUAUGCCACCAGCAUGGUGAGCUGUCAUCUAUGAAAGACCUUUUAUCAGAGUUUGAAGUUGUGUGGAGCCUCGGUAGAGGAAAACUGUACUUGUGAGUAAAAUCGCUCAACACGUUUUCUCUGCAGGGUUCCCGCGAGCAGCUGGCUAUUGCAGAGUUCGCUCGGUCUCUCCUCGUCAUUCCCAAGACGCUGGCUGUGAACGCAGCACAGGACUCCACAGAUCUGGUGGCCAAGCUCCGGGCCUUCCACAACGAGGCUCAGGUUAAUCCUGAACGCAAGAAUCUUAAAUGGUACGUUGGCUAUUAUUUUCUACCAUGACAAGAAAAAUCUCUGGAUUCUGACGCGACUGUUGGUCCAAAAAGUAGGGAUAAAGAUCUCUAAAGACAUCAUCCUGUUUCUGAAAUUAUGGGAGUGGAUUUUUAAGCAUGUUGUAUAUUUCAAACAGUAAAUGAACAGUGUAGACUUAAAAGCAAUUUUUGCUGUCAGCUAUUAGGGGUAAAAAUAAAGCCAGGGUGGGAAUCACCAGUGGCCCCACGAUACGAUAUUAUCACGAUACUUGGGCCACAAUAUGAUAUUAUUGCAAAUUUUUUAUAUUUUGCAAUACAGUGAAUAUUGUGAUACAAUAUAUAUUUUUUAACCAUUUAGCUAAUUUAGCAGUCGCCUUUUCUUUAUGUUUGUCUUAUUUACACAGUAUUUUAUUUUCAUGUAGCACAUCUUGCAAACAUUAUGUAUCAGGUCCAUCUCAGCUCUCAAUUAAUUUAAAAAAAUCAAUACUUGGUCAUUGAGACAAUACGAUAUAUCACCAGACAAAAUAUUGCGAUACUGUGCUAUAUUGAUUUUUUCUCCCAAACCUACUAACUAGCCAGGUAAAGAAAAUCAUGCAGACUUAAGGUCCUUACACACUGGGAACGACAGAAAUUUACGACGCAAAAUUACAAAAUAUUCAGAGGCGAAUUUUGACACGCCUGACUAUACACAUGAAGCGUGAUGCGAUUUUGCAACUCGCCAGGGGAAAAUGACUCUUGCCUCAUGGAAGCGAGAAGACUGACAACACUAGACUGACUGUUUUUCAGUUCUGAUUAGACACGAGUGUUGAGAUGGCUGUCUGUCAUGAUAGCAUGUACUGAGUCGGGGCCAGUACCAGAUAAGCACAUUAAACUAUAAUACAUAAACAUAAGGUAACAACCAAUACCGAAUGGCGCUGUGACAGCAAUGGGAUUAAGUUUGAGACGGUUAGCUUACGAACUAAAGUUACUUAGAACAGAUGAAAGUUAGAAAAAUGACGUUUGGCAAACUGUUAAAGAACACAAACCAUCAUCAUAUGAGAAAUCCAACGCUAUGACUCUCCACAAGUUGUCCUUCAGGUCGUUAUCUUUGUAAUAUUUGUGUUUUUUUUUAUCAAAAAGCACUCUGUUCUCUGACACAAACAAUCAGCCGGUCGGCCAUGUUGGAUAUACUGGUGAAUCUGACAUCGCAACAACACGCAAUCUGCUUGGUCAGAAGUGGACACACAGUAUGCGAAACUUUGGAAAAAUGGACCGUGAUUCGAAAAAAUAAAUGCUGCGAUAUGACAGGACAGGAAAAUGUUACUGAUGUGAACACUUGCAUUGACAGAAUACGGGUUCGAAAAAAUAAUCGCACGAAAAAAAACGCCCCCGGUGUGAAAGGACCUUAAAUAGGAAAUGUGACUGAUCGAAAAAGCAAGAUCCCUGUGCAUAGAUAGGUAGUUCUCUUCACUCCAAAAAUGUGAUCAAAUUCUAUUCUUGUUCUGUAGGAUCGGUCUUGACCUCGUGAACGGAAAGCCCAGAGACAACCGCCAGGCUGGUGUGUACGAGCCCACCAUGGUCAAAACAAAGAGCCUCAAGUUCGCCACAGAGGCGGCCAUCACCAUCCUCCGUAUUGACGACCUCAUCAAACUGUUCCCCGAGCCAAAAGAGGGCGGACAGUCGUACCAGGAUGCCGUACAGUCUGGAUCUCUGGAGGGUUAGAGGCUGCGGCUCAUCGUCUGUAUUUAUGCAUUAGGAGCUCUUCAUGGCUGUUGCUCUAGUGUAGGCUGUGCACUUUGCCUGUUUUACUGUUCUCCCACUCCCUCCGCUCACAGGACUGUAGGUCAUUUGUUUUUUUGGACACUGAAUAAAGCUCCAAUGGUUGUAAAUGGCCAUUAAUUUGUUAAUUCAAACAGUCUUCUUGUGGUUUUUGAUCAGUGAUUGAUAAAUAAGUGUUGAGACAG